ACAAAACUCUGCACAGUUUCCCGUAACACACAGACACAUUCCCACACUCUCUCUCCCCCACACACACGCUCUCUCAAACACACACGCUGCUACAAUCUCCGUGCUCUCGCCCGCAUGUCUCGCCUCUCGACCCCCGGAGAAGUCUCGCCAUAAGGUGAAGUUGUUGUCGGUAGUUUCGAUGCCGGACCUCAGUGUUUAUGUUCCGUCUCCUCGCAGCGGUGGGACAUCCGGAAUGGGGGAUCCGCUGUGCUGUUUGUAAAUAGAGCAGUCUGCGCACAAAUGGACUUUAAGAAGACGAAACUCGGACGGUUCAUGAACUGCAGGGCCCCGGCUAGUAAGAGAUACCAGCCCACUGAGUACGAGCACGCUGCAAACUGUGCCACACAUGGGUUGUGGAUCAUCCCCAGUCUGGUGGGCGGGUCUAUGCUCUACUUCCUGUCUCUGGACCAAUGGCAUCGCGUGGCUGCCUGGCUCUACGGCAGCGGUCUCACCGGCCUGUUUCUCACCUCAACGCUCUUCCACACCGCUGCCUGGAAAAUCAGCCACCUCCGGACUGUGGAGCAGCGUUUCCACAUGUGUGACAGAAUGGCCAUCUACUUCUUCAUCGCUGCCUCAUACUCUCCAUGGUUGAUGCUGAGGGAGCUCGGGCCCUGGGUGUGCCACAUGCGCUGGCUCAUUUGGGUCAUGGCUUGCGUCGGAUCCAUGUAUGUCUUCCUUUUCCACGAGAGGUACAAGCUGAUAGAGCUGUUGGGAUAUAUGUCCAUGGGGGUGGUUCCUGCGUUGGUCAUCCUAUCCAUGGGUGAGCGUUCAGGUGUGUGUGAGCUCGCAGUGGGAGGCGUCUUUUACACGGUGGGCGUGAUCUUCUUCAAGAGCGACGGACUCGUCCCCUUCGCUCACGCCAUCUGGCAUCUCUUUGUCGCUGCUGGAGCCUGCGUUCAUUACUACGCCAUCUGGAGGUACCUGUACUUACCGGGGCCGCCGCUGAAGACCUCCAGGUGACUGGCUGCUCUAUGAGGUCAGCUGAUCUGCAUCAUGUGACUAACUGGGAAAAACAGGACAUUUUAUCCAUGGGAACAUUGUGUUUUGACUCAUGAAGAAAACAAAUGGUGCUGAGGUGAUCUGAUCAGAUGAAACUCUCCACAGUUGGGGGCCAAAGACUCGGGACCAAACACUAAAAGACAUUUCUACUCGGGCUGAGCGAUAUGGAGAAAAUCAAAUAUCACAAAAUGUCUGAUCAAAUUCCGUGAUAUUGAUAUUCGUACGAUAUUGUAGGGUUAACUAUUGGUGAUUUCACAAAAUACAAGUUGUCGAUAAAUCCCUUUUACUAGUGUUGAUGUAAUGCCUUAGUGGUUAAAGGCAGAACAAUCAGAAACUUCAGAGAUUCAAAUCAAAUCAAAUCAAGUUUUAUUUAUAUAGCACAUUUUUAAACGAUUUUUGGUCGAGCCAAAGUGCUGUACAUAUAA